AUGUCGCAACAAUCCAUCAUGUCGGCCGAUAUCACCACGACGUUAGGCUUGCCCGACAUCGUCACGCCUGUUCUUAGCAACAUCACCAGGCCGAGUCUCGCCAACGUCAGCUCUCCGGUUCUUGCGACCAUCGUCCGCGACGCCUACCGCGCCACCUUCAAGGCCCGCGUCGCGGCGGGCGAGGCAAGGCCCUUCGUGCUACCCUACGGCAUCUUCGCGACCUUUAUCGUUCCUAUACUCUACCUGACCAUUCCACACACGAAACGGCCAUGGCUCUACCACGCAAGAUGGCUUGUGCUUGCUUUUAUCAUCGUAUUCAACCUCGACAUCUUGAAGGACACCUCUAGCACUAACAUGUCCAUAUCGUAUUCUGCCGGGCUAUCGGCGUUUUGGGGAAUCUUGUGCAAUCUUACCAUGUUGGUAUUCACGGCGCCACAGUUUGAUUACGAAAGAGUCGUUCGCAGAAAGGCUAGGAAGCCAACAUCGUCUCCCAAGUCCUCCAAGCCUCCUAGCAGAGCAAGCUCGCCCGCGGAACGCCCCGCCUCACCGAGCGGCUCUGGGCUCAGAAAGCGAGCUGGUAGCAAAAAGCGGAGAUCCGGCCGGGUAACAGCACCGGAAGUCAACCUCGACGAGUACGAAUAUUAUUGGCAGGCCUACCCUGAGAAUGGAACUUUCCUCGAGAGACUUGGCUGGGUAAUUGAUCUCUACACCAACUUCAGGGGAGUCGCUCCCCCUGAACGCCCCGGCACAGGCGAGACGGUCAAGAUGGACACAAUACCAUUGGAGACAUUCGUUGGGUGUCAGACCUACAAGGACGAGAAGGAAUUCUUGCGAAGGAAAUUUAUCCCUAUCGGAGUCGCAUAUCUCCUUCUUGAUGCCCUCAAAGUCACCAUCAUAGAAGAUCCCUACUUCGUCCUUGGCCAAAGCUCUUGUCCCCUUCCUCCUCACCUGGCGGCCCUCCCGUCGUGGGCCGUUCCCAUGUACCGACACGCUACUGUCAUUGGCGUAAUUUACACCGCGCUAAUCAUGGUCUUUGGUAUCCAUGAUUUGUUCCAGUACUACGCUCUCAGCUACUUCUUUCCCAUGCGGGGUGAGCUGUGGCAGUAUUCCACAGUAUUUGGCUCAUUCACCCAAAUCCUGGACAGGGGCUUGGCUGGAUUUUGGGGGUCUUGGUGGCAUCAGACUUUCCGGCAUGCCUUCUCGGCGCCGGUUAACUAUGCCGUCAGGCAUGGAUAUCUGGAGAAGGGGACACGCAGCACAAAGAUGGUUGGCAUGUUGAUUGCGUUUCUUCUCUCGGGCCUCCUGCACGGCGCUGGGAGCAUCAGCGCGAUCCCCGAGACGAAGUGGUGGAAGCCUGCUCUCUUUUUCUGGCUGUCGGGCGUGGGUGUGUUCAUCCAGCAGAUGUUCUGCACUGCCCUGAAGCCUCAAAUUUCGAAGCUACCUCGCGUCUUGAGGAGGUUCGGAAAUCUCCUGUUCGUGGUCGCGUGGCUGCACAUCACCGUCCGGCCACUGGCGGACGACUUUGCGCAGACCGGCCUCUGGCUUAUGGAGCCUGUUCCUGUUUCUUUGGUUCGCGCUUUGGGGUUCGGACGCGGAGAGGUCUCUUGGUGGAGGCCCGACAUGGAAGCGAUUGGUCAUUGGCAUACUGGACAGCAUUGGUGGGAUUCCGGAUUCAGCUACUAG